UCUCCACAUCACCCGCCGAGCGCGAGAGAUGCGUCUGUGCGCCUCGCCGUCUGAUUUUAAAAAGGCGUCACUUUUUUUUUUUUUUCCUUCUCGACAUUUGGAGCAAAUUUGCGCGCAGGUACCCCAAAAAAAAAAUAAUAAUAAUGUUUUAUCCGCGAUCCUGUCCGUAUUUUGGAUAAAAACAAGUGUUUGCGGCAGGGGCCCGGCCUCCCCUCGGCUACUUGUCGGCGCCGGCUGAGCUGUUUAAGAACAUUAUCCCCCCCUUAAUCCACUUUGCCUUCUGCUCCAACGCAGGUGAGCGGACAAGUCGGAUGGCGCCGCCGCCGUCGUCGCUCGCCCGCUUCCUCUCGUCCUCUUUCCUAGCUCGCGUUUGCGCUUUUCGGCCCCGUUUUUAAAGCCGCGCCGCCGGCAUGGAGGAUCCCGACAUACGGCAGCAGAAACUCAACAACCAGCGAUGCAUUUUAAUGAAAAAGCAACAAAAGAAGCGCGCCGAUUGCCAAAUGGUGGUCGCCAACCGAGACGCCCGCCAGAAGAACCGCAAACAAAAAGGCCGCUCGGACGAGACGCCGCUGCUGAUCAGCCAGUCCCUCAGCAACAUCUCCCUCAGCGAGCAAGUGGAGCACGCCCACGACAACCCGCUGGACAUCAUCACGCUGGGCGAGGGCGACGGGAAGGCCGCCCCGGCGCUGACGGGGGUGCCCGAGGAGUGGCCCGUCGCUCCCAAAAAGAUCGACUUGGGCACGGGGCAAGGAGAUGAAAAAACGGACGACGAGGACGAGGACUCGCGUGAGGAAGCCGAGGAGAGCAAGAAGAAAGAGGAAGACAAACCUGUGGAAGAGAACGACAGACCGGCGAAAGACAAGGAGAAAAAAGCAAAAAAGAGGGACAAAGCGAAAGACGGCGACGGCGGAACGACCACGAACAAAACGGCAAAACAAGAGCGCAAAAAGAAGCACCUGCGGGACACUUCGUUGUCGGACCCGGAGCCGGCGAGCCCAAAGAAAAACGGACACCAAGAACGCGACGAGCAGGACGACGACGACGACGACGAGUGCCCGACGCCGCCGCGCAACUCCCCCCGGGGCAAGAGACAUCUGGACACGUCGAGGUGUCAAAUCAGCGACGACAGCAAGGACGAGGAGGCUCAGACGGAGCGCAGGGAAAGAAAGAAGAAGAGAGGAGAGAGAAAUGCGCCCAGUCUGGCCUCCCUCAACUCCAACUACAAGGAGAGCUCGUCGUCCGGCGGCGAAUCCAACAACCGAACGGCUUCUCCGAUAUCGUUGGAGGACCUCGAGGCGUUCGCCCUGCGGCCGGCGCCCAGGGACGUGACCAUCCAGUGCCGGGUCACCAGGGACCGGAGGGGCGUGGAGAAGGGCAUGUACCCCGCUUACUACCUCCACAUGGAGAAAGACGACGGAAAGAGGGUUUUUCUAAUGGCGGGCCGGAAAAGGAAGAGGAGCAAAACCUCCAACUACCUGAUCUCGACCGACCCGACGAACCUGUCCCGAGACACCAGCUGCUACAUCGGAAAGCUGAGGUCCAACGUGCUGGGUACAAAGUUCACCGUAUACGACGGUGGCGAAAACCCAGAGAAAAAACCUUUUAUCAAGGAGUGUGAAUCGGUGCGACAAGAGCUGGCAGCCAUCUGUUACGAAACAAACGUUCUGGGCUUUCGGGGUCCCAGGAAAAUGACAGUGAUCAUCCCGGGAAUGCUGGAGAACGACGACAGAGUGUCCAUCCGGCCCAAAAACGAACAGGAAACGCUGCUGACGCGCCACGCCGACAACAAGACGGACAAGCUGGUGACGCUGGUCAACAAGUGCCCCAGCUGGAACGAGCAGACGCAGUCGUACGUGCUCAACUUCCACGGCCGCGUCACGCAAGCCUCCGUCAAGAACUUCCAGAUCGUCCACCCGGAGAACGGCGACUACAUCGUCAUGCAGUUCGGCCGCGUUUCCGAGGACGUCUUCUCCAUGGAUUACAGCUUCCCCAUGUGUGCCCUUCAGGCCUUCGCCAUCACGCUUUCGUCUUUCGACGGAAAAUUGGCCUGCGAGUGACCCCCCCCCCCCCCAAGUGCUCCACUGGAUCCGCGAUCUGAACUCGACCGCUUGAAGCUAACAAACAAACAAAAAAGCUAGCGUACAUAGCGUACUUUUACCGCCACGUAUCCUGCGACACGUCAAUAGGGAAACUGAUCUGAAAAGGAUUUAGCGUUAGCCCUUGUGUCCACUUUUAUAAUAAUUUAAUUUCUUGUCUUUAUACAUUUCUGCACAAUCACAACAAUCAGUGGAACAAUAAAACAGAUGAAAUUAUCAAACUCUCACGAUGGAGUUUUCUUUUGUCAGUUCAUAAACAAUCUUGCUUCAUCAGAUCUAAAAAUGAGCUGUACAGUAAAAUUAAUCCCCACGCAAAUCACAAAAAAAAAUAAAUCUGUACCCCGAAAAAAAAAAAGUAAGGGUCUACUCAAAUAAAAAAAUCUUAGCGCCAUGUGGAAAUAAGUAAUAAAUGUGUAAGAAAUAUAUAAUUACAGUAUAUCUUCAGAUAUCUGUGGAUCGUCUCCACGGAGACAAGUCCCGAUCCUGCGCGUUGAGACGGACUCAUCAGCUCGAUUAUUAGCAUGAAGGUCACGUAUCAAACAGUCAGGAAAUCGUCUAUCGAGGUCGUGCAAAGGAAAAACGUUUCGCUAUCAUCUCCGAGACCGCGCUCGCCUUAUCACGACCGCUCUUGCGUCACGGUUGACACGUUUUGCAGCUCGUCAGAUUAAAAAAAAAA